AUGGGGAGCAAACCCCCCAGGAUGGAAAGAGGGCCGUUCCUCGGCCCCGAUGGUCCAUUUCUUGAAGAUUUUGUGGAACCUCGAACACUGCCAACAAUCAGGCCACCAGAGGUGAUAACUUUCCUAGAUUUUGAAAUUUCUCUAACCAAAAAUUACACAGAAAUCGUUGCCAACUCGACCUACAAUGAAACAAACUUCAUCUAUGAAUAUGACACCUACCCUUCAGGAUACACAUGGAUGCAAAUCAUUUUGCUGGCCGUGAUAGUGACCAGUGUGAUGGUGGUUGUAGUUGUGGGUAACAUGCUGGUCAUUAUCGCCAUUGCGACGGAAAAAUCACUGAAGAACAUAACGAACUGGUUCAUUGCGUCCUUGGCAGUGGCCGACCUGUUGCUUGGGCUUGUCAUCAUGCCUUUCAGUUUAGCGAAUCUCCUCAUGGGCUACUGGAUAUUCGGACACUGGUGGUGCGAGCUGCACAGCGCUAUAGACGUAUUAUUGUCUACAGCAAGUAUCAACAACAUUUGUCUGAUAUCUUUAGACCGCUAUUGGAGCAUAACCCACGCUGUGGCCUACCUCAAGAAGCGAACUCCUGAGCGUUCACUCAUCAUGAUCAUCUUGGUAUGGGUGUUCUCAGGGCUCGUCUCUAUCCCUCCCUUAUUGGGAUGGAAAAAAGAUGCCGUCAUUCAAGAAUUUCCAAAAUGCGAGGUGAGUACUCAGUAUAUCCUGAUUUCUUGCGCUGAUUUUUUUAUCGCGGUUCUGGCUUUGAAGGGCAGAAUAAAUUUGAAUUCUCAUUAUCAUUUGACGUCGAGGAAGACUUAA